AUGCCGCCGGUCGCGCUCACGGCGAGCGUGGUGAAGCGCGAGCGUCAGACGGGGCUCAGGCUCGCGUGCGACGCGCUCGAGGGCGUCGCGGAGGAUCCGCGCGCGAACGACGACGGCGACGCGCGCGAAGCGAACGCGGGCGCGAAGCGAACGGCGAACGAGACGCUGCUGGAAGAAUUGCGCGGCGCGGGGGGGGAGAUGGCGAUCGUUGGGUUCUGGGAAUCUCGAGACGCGUUCGAUCCGCUCGCGGCGCUGCACUUUCUCGCGCGCUCGAGCGGGGGCGCGCCGUCGUUUCGAUGCGCGCCGUGCGCGACGUGCGAGGAGGAGGAGAGACGAGCGAUCGAGGAGUUACACGCGGAGAUGACGCGGGAGAAUAAGAGCGCGGUGGUGCAGAUGAAGGAUGGGGAGGGGAGGACGAGCGGGGAACUGCACUUGGUGGCGGUGCCGGAGGCGACGCGCGAAGGCGAAGAGGACGGAGGCGAGGGGACGGGAGAUGAGAGGCGGGCGGACGGAGGAGCGUCCGCGACGACGCGGUUUGUGGCGUUUAAAACGGAUGAGAUGGCGCCGGCGUACGCGCAACCGUUGUUGAAACAUAAUCGCUUGGUGGUGGUGUUUGAUUUGGACGAGACGCUCGUGCAGUCGACGACGCUGCACAUGUUGGAUCGACGCAUCGAGGCGACGCGGUUGAAAAUGGUGAGCCUGAUGAAGUUCGACGUGACGAAUCCGAGGGUUUCGACGGUGAUGAUUGAAGAGGUGAAGCAGGAUAAGAUUGCGUGCGAGCAAGCGCUGCGGCGCUUGCAAACCGAUAGAGCGAUGCUGUACCAGUAUUGUUCCGAAGGCGCGGUGACGCACAACAACAGACGAUCGGUGACGAUUCCAGAGAUCGAGAGCUUGCCCAACGGUAUGCAAAGAUUGCGAAACAUUAUUCGAAUUCCGAGUCCGCACAUCAAGGGCGCGAUGCUCGUGUUCACGGUGAUCAACCCGGCAAACCCCGCCACGGCGAUGCUCGUGCACGUGCGUCCGGGUUGGGAGGAGAUGCGAAAGUACUUGGCCGGAUCCGACGGUCGUCAAUCAAAGCGCGCUGAAGUUUUUGUUUGUACAAAAGCUUCCAAUAACUACGCGCGGGAGGUUUGUAGGAUUUUAGAUCCGCACGGGGCGGUGUUUGAACCCGCACAACUCGAGCACAGAGUCAAGUCCGUCGGCGUGGACGAGAUGAAAUCUUUGCGCACGACGUGCGGCGCUCACUUUCCCGCCGAACUCACGGUCAUCGUAGACGAUAGAACUGUCGUAUGGGAGGCUGAAGCGCAGUCGCACAUUCUGGCCGUCACUCCGUUCAUGCCGUACGGCACAGACGUGGACUUCGGAUCGGGGAUCGAGCAGCACGAGGCGGGAGGUACUGGAGGCGUCCUCGGCACGGUGCAAAGCAUGUUGGAAACUCUGAGACUUCGUUGGCAUAUGGACUAUGGAAAGUUUGCCAUAAAGGCACGAAAGCAUCUGCAAGAAACGGCCGCGCAUGGAGCACUUCGCCCGACGAAGGAUUCAUCUGAAGGCGAUUCCAUCACGUCAAAGGAUGAAAACGAAUCUGACGACGCCGCCACCGAGUCGGAUGUCUUGCUGCGUGCCGAACACCAUCGCAAAAAAGCUGAGCGUUUGUUUUAUCCGCCGAAUGCAGGUGAUUUAUUGAAGCCCUUAAUGGACAUGCAAGCGAAGGAAGCGGCGCUUGGCAUCGCGGAGAGAGGUGGCGCGGCUCGUGCGGCGGCAGGCUCAGGAUCGCGCCUCGCCGCCGCGCUUGGAGUCCUGGAUAGGCAAAAUAACGCCAAACAGCAACACGCUAAAUUCAAAGCCAAAGCUGAUACCGACGCGGAUGCCGAUGCAAACGUGGAGGAUGGCUCAGAAGCUCCGAAGGAGGGCGUGGAGAUAAAGCGUGAAAGCGAAGAGGACGAAAUCAAGCCAAAGUUUCGACAUAUCGAUAUCUCGGCUCUGGAAGGGCGAAAAGGUGAUGAUACGAAUGGAUGUCAAGAAAAUUUGCCACGAAAAGAGAGGCGUUCCGAAGAAACACCAGCAGCACGGAGUCCGUCGUCGGGGAAGAAGCGAAGCCGAGAAGCGGAUGUAUCAGAUUCGUCUGAUUCGAACGCUGGCUCAGAGCCUGAAUCAGAGUCCGAACCAGACGAAGAUGAAGACGAAGAUGAAGACGAAGAUGAAGACGACGACACGAACGCCGACGCUACGAUGAACGCCGACCCAGAGGAAGCAGAAGACGAGGCGGUGGAUCCGCGGCGAGCGUGGGAAAAGAAGCAAGUGGGGGAACUCAAGCUGGAGUUGAAAUGCCAUGGGCUACCGACAAAGGGACGCAAAGCUGAUCUCAUCGAGCGCCUGGACGCGCAUCGACACGCGGACCACGCCUUCAAAGACGAAAAGGGGAAGCCCAAAGCCAAGUCGGUGAAAAAUUCGACGCCGAAGAAGGUGUUUCGUGAAGGAACUCGGGGGUCUACUCGGGGAUCUGCUAGCGAGGAGCGCUUUAAGCUUUAA